AUGGAUGGUAAAUCAUCAUCAGUACCUACAUCUCAGAAUCGUAAGAGAUGGCUUCAUAUCUUUAUAUAUUCUUUCUUUGUUCUCUCAUGUCAAGCAACAGCUACAAUUCUUGGUAGAUUAUACUAUGAAAAUGGUGGAAAGAGCAAAUGGAUGGGAUCUUUAGUUCAACUUAUCGGUUUCCCUGUUCUUGUUCUGUUUCGAUUCUUUUCAACCAUCAGAAAACAACCUGAAACCACAACAACAAACACAACAAGUUUCAGACAACUGUCUUCUUUCACAACCAUUGGAUCUGUUUACAUUGGGAUUGGAUUAUUAGCAUCAGCAAUCUGUUACCUUUCCUCAUUUGGCUUGCUCUACUUACCGGUUUCGACGUUCUCUCUCAUUUGGGCUUCACAGUUAGUUUUCACCGCUUUCUUCUCAUAUCUUCUCAACUCGCAAAAGUUCACUCCUUUCAUAGUGAAUUCUCUGUUUCUACUCAUCAUUUCCUCUAUUCUCCUUGUGUUCAACAAUGAGCCACAAGCCACAAAAGUCUCUAAAGGAGAACAUGCAAUCGGUUCCCUAUGUACCGUCGCUGCUUCUGCUGGUUCUGGUCUGCUUCUAUCUCUAGUGCAGCUAAUACUCAGAAAAGUUCUAAAGAAGAAUACAUUUUCAGUAGUCAUAGACAUGGUUUUCUAUCAGUCUCUGGUUGCAACAUGUGCAAUUUUGGUUGGUCUUUUUGCUAGUGGGGAGUGGAAAACUUUAACCGGUGAGAUGAAAAGCUACAAACUAGGAGAAGUUUCAUAUGUAAUGACUCUGGUUUGGACAGCUAUUACUUGGCAAGUCUACACAAUUGGUGUUGUGGGAUUGAUCUUUGAGUCAUCUUCUGUGUUCUCCAAUGCUAUAACCGCAGUGGGAUUGCCUAUUGUUCCGAUACUAGCAGUGAUAGUGUUCCAUGAUGAAAUGGAUGGGACAAAAGUCAUUUCUACCAUUUUAGCUAUUUGGGGCUUCAUAUCAUUUGCUUAUCAGCAUUAUCUCGACGAAAAAAAGUUGAAGAACCUUGAGGGAGUUCCUGAUCUACCUGUUUCCUCACUAGCCAAAGAAGAUAGACACAUUAAACAAGAAGCUGCGGAUAGCGAGAAAAGCACAGAGAUGGAUAUGAUUCACAAUAAUUUGUGA